AUGGUCAACCUCAAGCAUCUCUCUGUUAGGUCCUUUGAAGUGAUCCCUGACAACUUCCUGGAGAACUGCCCCUUCAAGAUCGAGAGUCUUCGCUGGACGGAUGGCAGGGAAGGUAGCGCGGAUAUCAUCCUUCGAUUCUUAGCAAAUCAAACAGAGCUUCGCCGUAUGCACGUCGACUUUCACGUACCUGAUCAAGAAUACUUCCUUCCUCUUCCCGCGUGUCGAAAUCUCCAGUAUAUCAAAGGCGAAUUCUGCGCGAUUCGUGCCCUUCUUCCUCGACGACAAGUAUCGACAUUAGUUUUCCAGUUUCGCAAGUUCUUAGGGGGAGCUAGCAUGGACGCACUCGAACGUCUGAGCAAGGAACUCCAGCAACUCAAAGUUCUGUCAAUUCUUCGAUGGCCAUCCGUGGGUAUGUUUAACCCGUGCCUCUCCUCCAUCUCCCAGUAUCUUGCUGGUCUCCAAUAUCUCGAAAUUCACUAUGAGGAGCCCGAUCUUCUUGACCUGAUGUCCCAGUUCACCUCUCUCGUUGGCCUCAUUUUUCGGAUGCUGUACAAUAACCUCCGUUCAGAACUUGAAGAGCCCCGUGCUUCGUCUGAAACCGGUCUAUUUUUUAUGCGCUGCCCCACACUCCAAUUCAUAGACAUACCAGUGAAGGUUCAUAUUUCUAGGGAGACGCAUGAACACCAACGCUGGAUUCCCACUCAAAGUGAUCGACGGGUCGGAAUGAAAGUACCUCAGGAGCUUUUCUCCUGCUCAGAUAUCGAAGAACACAUGGCCCGGCCUCAUUAA